UGUCUAGGCGCUUGCGCGCGUGAGUACCGUAGUGUGUGUUUUUGUGUGUGCGUGUGUGUGUGUUUGUGUGUGUCCGCGUGUGACGUCACCCUCAGACAAAGGUCCUCUCGUGUAGGAGCGGCGGUGUGUGAGCAGAGGGAGGCACGGCGCGGGACGGACACAGAGAGUCUGUAUGCAGGAGAAAAACCAGGAGGAGAAGAAUAAGAGAGAAUUUGUAGGAACGUUAAAAUGAGAAGAUUCCACGUGUCUGUUUUGGAUUCGGAUAACAACCAGCUGUCUCUCUAGACCGGCCGAGGAAUCCACAUUUGGGAGGAAUUUUACGCACAGCGCGUCAAAGUGUUGGGCUGAACUCCGCACCGCCCGAGCUGAAAAGGACCCCGUAAGCAGUCAUCAUGAUGAUGUCGGAGGUGGACGAGGAGCAGUGCUACUACAACGAGAGCAUCGCCUUCUUCUACAACCGCAGCAUGAAGCCGCUGGCCCGCGAGUGGGACGCGGUCAGCAAGCUGGUGAUGGGGCUGGGCAUCACGGUGUGCGUCUUCAUCAUGCUGGCCAACCUGCUGGUGAUGGUGGCCAUCUACGUCAACCGCCGCUUCCACUUCCCCAUCUACUACCUGAUGGCCAACCUGGCGGCGGCCGACUUCUUCGCGGGGCUGGCCUACUUCUACCUGAUGUUCAACACGGGGCCCAACACGCAGCGGCUCUCCGUGUCCACCUGGCUGCUGCGGCAGGGCCUGAUCGACACCUCGCUCACCGCCUCCGUGGCCAACCUGCUGGCCAUCGCCAUCGAGCGCCACAUCACCGUGUUCCGCAUGCAGCUGCACACGCGCAUGAGCAACCGCCGCGUGGUGGUGGUGAUCGUCGUCAUCUGGACACUGUCCAUCGUCAUGGGCGCCAUCCCCAGCGCGGGCUGGAACUGCAUCUGCGGCCUGGACUACUGCUCCAACAUGGCGCCGCUCUACAGCAACUCCUACCUGGUGUUCUGGGCCGUGUUCAACCUGCUCACCUUCGUCGUCAUGGUGACGCUGUACGCCCACAUCUUCGUGUACGUGCGGCGGCGCACCAUGCGCAUGUCCCGCCACAGCUCGGGCCCGCGGCGCAACCGGGACACCAUGAUGUCCCUGCUGAAGACGGUGGUGAUCGUGCUCGGAGCCUUCAUCCUGUGCUGGACACCAGGUCUGGUCCUCCUCCUGCUAGACGUCUUCUGCCCCAGCUGCACCGUCCUCACCUACGAGAAGUUCUUCCUGCUCCUGGCCGAGUUCAACUCCGCCAUGAACCCCAUCAUCUACUCCUACCGCGACAAGGAGAUGAGCGCAACCUUCAGGCAGAUCCUGUGCUGCCAGCGGCAGGAGAACCUCAACGGGACCGUAGCGGAGGGGUCCGACCGCUCGGCCUCGUCCGUCAACCACACCGUGCUCAGUCCUGGGGGCGGCAGUAGUGGUGGUGGUGGUGGUGGUGGUGGAGCACACAACCAACACCACCAGCUUCAGCACCACAACGAACACUCAGUGGUGUGAGCGGGGGUCCCGGAGGAACGGGGUCUGGAGGGAGGGGUUCAGACUUAGAUCAAGGGUUCUAGAACUUUUUCAUGACGGGACCCCAAAGGAAAGGAGGGGGGUGUUUGAUGGACAGGCUGCAGAAUACGCACUUAGACCAUGGAGAGGUGGAGGAAGUGGAACUGAGGAAGAGGAGGAUGUGAAUCGUGGUGAAUAGGAUGAGGAAGGGGAAGGGAUCAAUUGAAACAGAAUCAGUGGCUGUUCUUGGUUUCGUUUUUUUAAUUUUUUUUUUAUUAAACCUGUUGUGUUUGCAACUGAUAUAAACUAUUUAAGGAGUAAUCUGUGAAGUGAAUUUGAUGCCAGUACAGCCCUGCUCUUCCUGUUUCCUGUUAAACUCCGUCCAUUGCUGUUGUAGUUAUUUUCAUUUGUAGUCCUCAGGCCAUCUUUGCCCACAUAACUGUUUCUAGAAAAUGUACAUGUUAAUGUGUUCAUUUCAACAAGCAGCCACUGUUUCUUUUAGUUUAGGUUUUAGUUAAAGUUUCAAAUUCAGUCUAGGUUUUAGUUUUAGAUUGAUUUGAAAAAGACUCAUCCUCCAGUCAAACUUCUGGACCAUGGAAUCAUGGGAAAUGUAGUCUAUUGAUAUAUUAUUCAAGGGCCAUGCAUGUUGUUUUACAGUUACUUAAAUGUCCGGCAAAAAAUGUGUAUUAAGAAAUCCAGGAGGUCAUAUUAACCCUCCCAUGAUCUGUCAACUUCUUUGUCCUAUAUACAGUUUACAUUAACUAUGUCGUGUCUGUGAUUGUGCGUGCACAUGUGUGUGACUGUGAAGCCAUCCCAGUAUUGAUCCCAGUAUGACUCAUGAAGGCCUUUCCCCAGUAUGAAGGAACUCCGUAGAGGGCGGUAGAAGCACUAUUACUAUGUUAGCACAUGUUCUGCAUCCAGGGGGACUCUGUGAUCCACUUUCUGUUGAUUUAGGUUCAAGAUGUCUUGAUACAUUCAUUAUAGUCUUUUAUAACAUGUGUGCGUGCAGUGUUCAUGUAAAUAAGAGAGUAGCCGACACUAAAUCAAACAUAAGAAAACAUACACAACAAAUCACAUUCAAUACACCAAACACACACCCAACCUACACCCAACACACACCCAACAACCGUCCAACACACAGCCAACACACACCUAACCUACAACCAACACACAACCAACUCAUACCAAACAACCUCCCAACACACACCAAGCACACACCCAACAACCACCCAACACACACCCAACAACCAUCCAACACACACCAAAUAACCACCAUGCAUGCAACCAACACACACCAAACACACACCAAACUAGACAGUACAAACUCAUUCAGCACCAAACAAACCAACUCCCUUCCUAUAAAUCCCAUGUCGAGGAAACCCGACUACGGGUUAUGUUAAAUUCCGGCUGAGGGUCAAGUGUUUCUAAAUACUAUUGUCUGCUUCAUGUUUCCAUACCCUCCCUCCUAUCUGAAGCACCACUAGUAUUAUGGUUUUGAAGUCAUGUAAAAGCACUUCCAUGAAGAAUUCUUGAAUUGUAAGGCAUUAAAGCAGAGCUCUGUGGUUCAAUGUUUAUGUUCGGAUGUAUUUCCGACUUAUUGAGUACAAUGAAGUGUAUGUUGUAAAGUGCACUAUAGCACUGGCGUUCUGUGUCACAGUACUGUAGUACUAUUGUAGGACUGACUCGGGACAAAGUCAAUGGAUUGAUUCAGGUUCUGCAGCAGCCUUACUGCAGUAUGAUUGUGUCUGUCAGUGUAGACAUACUGUGUAUACCAGUGUAACGACAUGUGUACAGUAUGUGUGUAUAUAAAAUCUAGCAUUCAAAGUUAAUCACCCAUGGGAAUGUGUUGUGUGUGUAUAAAUAUGUCAGUCUCUGUCCAAAUGUACUGUAGGAUGGUAUUUGUUGUGUUGGAGGUGGUGUAUUGUCGUCACUAUCAGUAGCUUGCCUAUAACCAAACUAGCAUCCAACCCAGAUAUUUUCAUUAAAGACUUGUUUCACAACAGCGCUUUUCACACUUUUUGUUCCCAAACUAUUUAGGACAAUGAAGGGAAGAAUUCAAAGGUCAAUCAUUGUCAUAGUUUUGAAUGGUCUGUUUUAAAUAGAUUGUGUGUAGCUUUCAGCGCAAGGAAUAGCAGCGGCAAAUAUUCAGUUAUCAUAAAAACACACAAGAUGUCUGCUGGUAAUCGCACUAUUGAGUGUGGGCGGAUGUUUUCCCGCUCUGAGAUGUCAGCUGAGCUACACUCACUGAGAGCAAAGUGCUGACACUGACCAUGCCAGCAGGAACAGCUGGUUCAACUGAGCCGCAUAACAACACAACUUAAACACAAUUGCACAACACACUAGAACUCAACUGCGAGACAGAACGAGAACGCAACUUUAUAACUACACAACACAACUAGGCCUACAGAACACGUUCACACACCACGCCUAACAGGAACCCAACUAGCAUCCAUCUACACAACUACACAACACAACUUGAUAACCACUACACAACACAACUAGAACACGACUACACAACACAACUUCAUAACCACUACACAACACUAGAACACGACUACACAACAUAACUUGAUA